GUAACGCACAGCGGGGCGGUGUUCCACUGUGGUAACGGCGUUCCUCCCUUCCACGUCAUAAAAACGGCCGAAGCCGUUGCCCACUCAAGGAAAAUGAUGCGACGAUCGUGUGAAAGAAGACCUGCUGUCUUACCCAGCAGCCUUAUCUUCACUCUACACUCCCACGAAAACGGAGACAGAUUCGCAUUGAAAAGAAACCACCAUGGAUCACCUUUCCUUCUUUGUUCUGUUAACUCUUACCCUUUCUUUCAUUCAUCCAAUCUUUCUUAUGAAACCCCAAAAUGGGUAUCACUACAAAAGCCCCACUUCAAAUUGGGUCUCCAUCAAAAUCCAUCAAUAUCAAGAAAAUCAAAAGGAAAGCUGGAGUGGACAAAAGAGCAUCCAUUAGUGAAGAGAAUAAGAUUGUGGAGGUGGUUUGCUACAUUAAAUCAAAUGACGAAUGGUUAUGUGUUUAAUGAUUACAAGAGUUUGCCCAGAGUUUUGCUUUUUGAACCUGGUGGUUCUUCUGCUGAGGUCCUUCUCUAUGGUGGGAAAGUUGUCUCAUGGAAGAACAGUCAAGGUGAAGAAUUGCUUUUUAUGAGCAAAAAUACUGGUGGAAGAUUUCCUAAAGGAGGUAUUUCGCUUUGUUUUCCACAGGUAGCCAAUACAGGGAUGAUGAAGGAGAUUUGUUGGUCAAAGAAAAACGCAAAGUCAUUCGAUAACAUCCCCUUGCGUUUGACUCCUACAGGAAACCCAUCUUCAGUAGAUCUAACCUUAAAAACUACAGCAAAUGAUUCCAAUACAUGGCCACGUAGCUUUGAGUUGCGCCUUCGAGUUUCUUUGGGUCCAGACAAAAUGACGAUAAUUUCUUACAUUAAGAAUACCGACAACGCAUCCCUUUCGUUCACAUUUGCUCUUCAAAAUUACUUAUCAGUAUCUGAUAUGAGUGAAGUGAGAGUUGAAGGAUUAGAAACACUUGAUUUUCAUGAUAAUCUGCAACAGGGAAAAAGAUUCACAGAGCAACCUGAUGCUAUCACUUUUGAUGGAGAGGUGGAUAGGGUUUAUAUAAAAACACCAGGUAAUAUAGCAAUCAUAGAUCAUAACAAGAAGAGGACAAUUGUGAUACGUAAUGAAGGCCUCCCAGAUGCUGGUUUGUGGACCCCAUGGGACAAUGCAACAAAGGCAUCAGAAAUUGGUUUUGGAGAUAAGGAUUACCAAAACAUGUUGUCAGUGGAUUCGGGUGUUCUUGAGAAACCAAUCAUUUUAAAACCAUUGGAAGAAUGGAAAGGUGUAAGCAUACAUGAUACAUCAGGGUGUUUAUGCAAAUCUGAGAGUUUCAACCAUGAACAAGUAGAUUUUUAGGUUUAUGGUUUUGUAUAAAUUUGUCAUGUGUUUCCCUAAGGUUUUUAUUUAUAUUUGUAUUAGGAAUUUCUAAAUAAUUUGGUUGUUCAUGUCGAUUGCACUGAUGCUAAAAACUUCAGCUGCUCUAGAAUAGCUUCUUGGGUUUUAGAAAAAGACUUUUAGAUUUGAUGCUCUGUAUCUCUUAUUCAUAAAUAAAUGGGGUAUUCAUAAAA